CCUACCCUUACUGGUUAAAACGCACGAAGAGGACGAGGACGAGGGGAACAAUGGGGAGGGAGGGGAUCUCGUAGUACAUGAAGAUGUUGAUGAUUUUGAGAUGGAGGAUGUGGAGGAUGAGAUGAUUGAUGAUUUUCAGUUCGGUGGUGAUGGUUUUAUCCAGGUCAUCGUGAAUGAUUGGUUCCUUCCUAUCAACUCCAGCAUGGUGCAUUGCAUACAUGUUCGACACAAUGAUCGGCAACGCGAAUACCACAUCUCAGAUAUGUACUGGCGGGAUCUUCGAUAUCGGCAUUGGCAGCACUCCUGCUUGGAUUGACGGUAACACCCUGAAGAAUGUGUACUCCGUCUUCCAUGCUAGUCCCACUGCCGUUGGCUUUACCCAGCUUGCCAGUGGCUUGAGCUCUUCAGCUGGACUUUCCGACUCAAACCCGGUGCAGGUGACUGGCUUGACACCCCUGCCUACUAGUACAUGCGUGAGCCUCGAGUGGGAACGGAAACACGACGAGCGGCAGCACACGCUCUGUAUCUGCUUCUUCCAACAAGAACAUCGCCCUAUCGCUUACUCUUCUCGCCUCUGUGACAGGCUGCUUCACCCUCUUCCUCUAAGCAGAGGCAAUGUCUUGUACGAUGUAUAGACCAUUCUUCUGUUUCUUUUGGUGGACCAAUAUUGCAGGAAGGCAACUGUGUAUA